UGAAAUAAGAUUGUCUGAAAACUUCAGAUCUUGCAGCAAAAAUGAGUUGAACUAGAGGGCUAGACAGAUUAACUAAAGGGUAAUUUUUUUGAAUUAGGAGGGGUUUGUGUGAUGAUAAGGGAUAGAGACAGGGUGAAAGCUGUGGUGGAAUUAGUAUACAUGAUUGUACCGGACCCGGCCAAAAAUGUUUGCGGUAGUGCAAUGACCGGAGUUGGAAAUAGUCCGGGUUUUCUGAAAGUUGUAAUUUUUGAUAACUUAUGAUUAAGUAGUGAUCGAUAUGUGAGUUUUAUGUGGUUGUAAAAACAGUGUAUUCAUUAUCGUUAUUUCGGUGUUGUGAUCGCUGGAGUUUUUUCCGGGGUUACCAAAGUGUUCACUCAAACUGCCUGCGUGGGAAAAUAUAACUAACGCCCUGCCUCGAUUCCAUAUACCAGCCAUGCCGGCCGUGCGGUCCAAGCGCGGCUGGUGCGGCUGCCUACAAGAUGACGAACCACCCGAAAUAACCUACUGUGUGGUGGAAAAUACCGGAACCCUAACUCUUCAAGCAAUCACCCCCACGCAACCGAUGCCGUCACAAGAAGAACUAGAUGUCAAAUUUGCAGAACUAGUGGAGGAACUGGAUCUGACAGCCCCUAACAAGGCUGCCAUGUUAAGUUUACCAUCGCAGAAAAAAUGGCAAAUAUAUUGCUCACGAAAGGGAGGAGAGGAUACAGUGGACCAUACUCAUGCACCUGAACACUACAUCGAAAGACUGCGAACACUAGCAACACUGCAAUACCCUGAAAUUAACACAGACGAAGAAGUGCGAUCGCGAACCAAACAAAUGGACGGAUUGAAAACGGCCCUCAGAACAUCAACGCACAGUUUUGUUAUCAAAUUCAUCGAACUGGAUGGCUUAUCAGCGCUUUUGGACUGUUUGGAACGAAUGGAUUACUUUACAGCUCAAAGCACUAUUCACACAAGCAUAAUUGGAUGUGUAAAAGCUUUGAUGAACAAUUCGACUGGCAGAGCUCACGUUUUGGCGCACCCAACCAGCAUUAACACCAUUGCUCAAUCUCUAAGCACCGAAAAUAUUAAGACCAAGAUUGCGGCUCUUGAAAUUUUAGGAGCCGUGUGUCUGGUGUCAGGGGGUCACAAAAAAGUGCUCGAUGCGAUGCUUCACUACCAAAAAUACGCAUUUGAACGGACGAGGUUUCAAGGGAUCAUCAACGACUUGGAUCGUUCGACGGGAAUUUAUAGGGAUGAAGUCAAUUUAAAAACGGCUAUAAUGUCUUUUGUUAACGCGGUAUUGAAUUACGGUCAGGGUCAAGAAAACUUAGAAUUUAGGUUACAUCUUCGGUAUGAGUUCUUAAUGUUGGGCAUUCAGCCCAUUAUCGACAAACUGAGAGGUCACGAGAACGAAACACUGAAUAGGCAUUUGGAUUUCUUCGAAAUGGUGCGGAAUGAGGACGAGAAAGAGUUGGCAAGGAAGUUUGAAAUGGAACACGUCGAUACCAAAAGUGCUACCGCGAUGUUUGAUCUCAUUAGACGUAAACUAAGUCAUACAGCUGCGUAUCCUCACCUACUUUCCUUGUUAGAACAUUGCAUUUUGUUACCUUUGGACUACGGUUCUCACCCUCAACACUGGCUUCUUUUCGACAGGAUCGUCCAACAAAUAGUCUUGCAACAAGACAACGAAGUCAAAAACCCUGAUUUGUCACCCAUAGACAUAAACGUGAAAGAAAUUGUUCAUCUUCUUGCUAAAGAAGAAGAACUCGUAGAAGCUCGGAAAAAAGCUGAAGAACUUGAACGAGAGAAUGUAGAUAUGUCUAACAGAUUAGCAAAAAAAGAGCAAGAACUAGACCAACGCACUCAAGAAAAAGAAGAUAUCGAAUCGAGUUUAACACGUAUUAAAGAACGAUUAGAGAAAGAAACUGCUGCACAUAUCGAAACUCAACAACGUCUAAACGAACUCGAAUAUCGGGCUGCAGAUCUGGAUAGACAGGUGUCUUGUGAGAGGGGCGAACGAUUUAGACUCGAACGUUUAGUCAGUUCUGGGAGUAUUCCAGACGAUGCCAAAGUUAUAGGUCUUAAAUCUACCGUCGAUGUCGACUACAAGAACGAGUUUAAUUCUAUUCCACCACCGCCACCUCCACUUGCACCACCACCACCGCCUCCGGCUCCUGGGCCUCCUCCUCCACCCAAUGCUCCCAUGGCACCACCUCCAGAGCCUCUCAAAAUUGAAUCGGUUAAAAAGAACAUCCCACAACCGUCGAACCCUCUGAAAUCUUUCAAUUGGUCUAAGUUACCAGAAACUAAGCUUGCUGGUACCAUUUGGAGUGAACUUGACGAUUCUAAACUAUACAACACGAUGGAACUGGACUGCAUUGAUAAGUUAUUCUGUGCUUAUCAAAAGAAUGGAGUUGCGAACGACGGUUCCAUUGAAGAUCUGAGGCAAAUGGGUAAAAAUAGAACCAAAGUUUUAUCAGUGAUAGACAGCAGACGAGCUCAAAAUUGCACUAUUCUGUUAUCGAAAUUGAAGAUGUCGGAUGAAGAUAUCACGAAAGCUAUUUUGAGCAUGGAUUGCAAAGAACAGUUACCUAUUGAUAUGGUGGAGCAGUUACUUAAGUUUACGCCAAGUUCAGAAGAAGCGGCUUUGUUGGAGGAACACAGUGACGAAAUUGAUUCAUUAGCCAGAGCUGAUCGUUUUCUCUAUGAAAUAUCCAAGGUGCCUCAUUACGAACAGAGACUUCGUAGCUUGCACUACAAAAAACGGUUCCAAAUAACACUAAACGAGAUUAUCCCACGCAUUACCAGCGUUAUGGAGGCUUCUCGAGAAGUCUCCAGGUCUCGUCGUCUUAGAAGACUUUUGGAAAUAGUUUUAGCGUUAGGAAACUACAUGAAUCGUGGGGCUAGAGGUAACGCCUCUGGCUUCCGAUUAGCUUCACUAAAUAGACUUGCUGAUACCAAAUCUAGUGCUGCCAAAGGCACAACUUUACUUCAUUAUUUAGUACAAAUUAUCGAGAAGAAAUUUAAAGAUAUCCUUCGUUUAGAUGAAGAUAUCCCACAUGUUAGGGUAGCAGCCAAAGUGUCCUUAGGCGAACUCAGCAAGGAUAUGGCCCAGUUAAGAUUAGGCUUAAAAGAUGUAGCAAAAGAAAUCGAAUUCCAUCUAAGUCAAAGUCCUUUAGCCAACGAUAAGUUCGUACCUGUCAUGCGCGAAUUCCAAGCAACGGCAACUUGUAGAUUAGCGGAAGUUGAAGAUCAGUAUCAAGACAUGAAGACACGUUUUGAACGAGCCGUCCGCCUUUUCGGUGAAGAUUCAACGAAUGCCCAGCCUGACGAAUUUUUCGGCGUCUUCGACGGUUUUCUCACCGCCUUUAUGGAAGCCCGACAAGACAACGAAAACUUGCGUCGCAAGCAAGAAGAAGAGGAGAAACGAGCAAAGCAAGAGGCUGAACUUAAAAAGUUGACCUUAGAACGUAAACAUAGUAGGGAAGGCAUUUUGUCGUCGAUUAAUAAGAGCCUGAGUUUGAAAAACGGCGAAAGCGCUAAGGGAGAGUUCGAUGAUUUGAUCUCUGCUUUGCGAACCGGGGACGUGUUUGGCGAAGACAUGGCGAAGUUUAAGAGGUCGAGAAAGAGUCGAAUUACGGGAAAUUCACCACCUAGGAGGAGUUCUGUGAACAGGGAUGAUAGUAGGGAAAGAGUUGUGAGUGGAAGACGGCAGUAAUUUUUUUAUUGUUGCUCAUGCACGUUUGAGACUUUGUAUUAUGCAGCUUUUCUGAUUUUUUUUGUCAUUUCUGCUAUAUGAAUGUAUAUCACAUGGUGCCCUGGCCUAAUCGUGUUUUGUUUACUUGUGAUUCAAUAUUUUGUAACUGGACCAAUACUUACAAUGUAAGCAAUUGAUAUAUUUUUAUUAUUCUAGUGCUGCCAAAUAAGCUUCUCAAUUUUUAUGUAGUUUAUAAUUUGUAUUAUAUUAACACCAAUGUAUGAAUUUUAUACAAUAUAACAAAAUUGUAUGUUUGUAUGACGUAGUUGUAGAUUCAUGUUUAUAUAUUGAUAUAAGUUUUUAGAAAAUUGUGCUCUG